ACCCGUUAACGUCACGAGGAACGUCGCCGAGCGGCGCUUCAACCAAUCAGAGCGUCGCGGGGUGAGGCCAGCGGCUGAGGGGCGGGGCCUGACCGCGCGACCUUGCGGACAGCUAUCUGUCAGACAGACGGCAGGAGCGGCGGCGGAGGCGGGUCAGAGGGGUCGUUUUCUGAUGUCAGGAUCAUGCAGCCGGAGCAGCCCCCGACUCCGCAGCACGGCAAGUCGCAACUGAACGCCGCGGGAGAUGGCUGUAGUGUCGGGUCGGAGCCUGCGGCGGGAGAGGACGGUCAGUAUCCACUCGGGGCGAUCACCACUUCGUGAGCUGUUCCUGGGUGCAGACAUCUCCGCAAAAAUGUUGAAUGAGAAAGAAUACAUAGAGGAACAAGAGGAAAAAGCCAGAAAUGGUGAUGCAAAGGCACAGACUGAGGUCGGUAAAUAUUACCUGAAGCUUGCUGGCAGAAAGGAUGAAGAACUGAACAACUGUACAGCUGUAUACUGGCUAAUCCAAUCUGCCAAACAGGGCAAAAAAGAAGCUGGAAAACUGCUUAAAGGUUGUCUUGCAGAAAGGAAAGGCAUCACAUCUGAGAACGAGGAAUUGGUGAAGCAACUUACAAAUGAGAGUGAGCUUGAGCGGGCUGUGCGGAAGGCUACGUUAAUUAUGUACCAGAAGCUGAAUCCAAACCGAAAGAAGCAAGUAGCUGUCUCUGAAAUCCUGGAGAAUGUUAGUCACAUCAAUGCUGAAGGUAGCAAGGCUGAACCAGGCCCUGUCCCGAAAAUGCUGCAGAAAGAGAGGAGAGUGCUUGAGCGACUGGUCAGCAUUCAAAGUAACAAGGACAUGAAGUUGGAUGAUUUUGUUGACAUCACAAAGAAGUAUGCCAAGGGAAUUAUCCCAUCUAACUUACUAAUGCAGGGAGAGGAUGAUGGACUUGAAGGGAAACUACCUGAAGAUUUGCCUUUACAGCAGAAGAUUGUGAAAUAUCCACUUCAUGCCUUAAUGGAAAUAAAGGAGCACCUAAUAGAUUUUGCCUCUAAAGCUGGAAUGCACUGGUUACAUACUAUUAUUCCACUUCACCAUGUAAAUGCUCUUGUCUUUUUCUUUAUAAUUAGCAACUUGACAAUUAGCUUUUUUGCUUUCAUCAUCCCUUUAGUCAUUUUUUAUCUCUCCUUCAUUUCCAUGGUAAUUUGUACGCUAAAGGUCUUUCAAGAUAGCAAAGCAUGGGACAAUUUCAGAACAAUGACUGACUUGCUGCUGCGUUUUGAGCCAGACCUAGAUGUAGAACAGGCUGAGGUGAACUUUGGUUGGAGUCAUUUGGAACCACACAUCCACUUCAUGCUCUCCGCAUUUUUUGUGAUUCUUUCCUUUCCCGUUGCAGACAAAGAUUGGAUUCCUUGUUCAGAGCUGUCAGUUAUUGCAAUUUUCUUUUUGAUUACAUCUUAUACGAGUCUGAGUACAAGUGCAGAACCGUAUACUCGAAGGGCCCUCAUUACAGAGGUUUUAUGUGCAGUAAUCGGGUUCCUUUACACUCUUCCUGAUAACUGGUCCUACUUAAGAAUUAUUGGGGAGCCCUUUAUCUCUAUGCCAAUAGGUCAUGUCUUUAUGUUGAAUCUUGGCAUUCCCUGUCUCUUGUACUUUUUAUUGUUUUACUUGUUCUUCAAAAUGGCACAAUUGAGGAACUUUAAAGGUACCUACUACUACUUAAUUCCGUACCUUGUCUGCUUUAUGUGGUGCGAACUGGCUAUAGAACUCUUGAGGUCAUCCACAGGAUUGGGUCUGAUUCGGGCAUCUGUGGGCUAUUUCCUGUUUCUCUUUGCUCUACCAAUUCUACUCAUUGGUGUUGCAAUAAUGAUUUUCAUACAGUUAAUAAAAUGGUUCAUUUCCAUGGAAUUGAUCAAGAUUCUUGUAACCCUUGUAUUAUGCACAAUUCCAGUUGUCCUUCACAUGUGGACAAAAGCAACUGGCACUUUGUUAGCACUAGUUAAAUCCCUGACAAGGAGCUCUGUUGUCAAGCUCAUCCUGGUUUGGCUCACUGCAAUUAUGAUGUUCUGUUGGGUUUAUGUGUACAGGUCGGAAGGUAUGAAGGUGUACAAUUCCACUUUGACCUGGCAGCAAUAUAGCUUUGUUUGUGGUCCUCGUGCCUGGAAAGAGACUAACAUGGCUCAAGUUCAAAUUCUUUGUGGACAUCUUGAGGGACAUAGAGUAACAUGGACAGGAAGGUUCAAAUAUGUCCGUAUCACUGAGAUUGAGAACAGUGCAGAGUCUGCAAUAAAUAUGCUUCCAUACUUCUUAAGUGAUUGGAUGAGAUGCUUGUAUGGUGAGACAUAUCCUGACUGUGAUCCCAAAAAUGUGACUGUGAUGGAGGAAGAUCUUUGUCGGCUUAAAUUCCUCACAAAGCACACCUGCCACCUUAAAAGAUUUUGUCGCUAUAAAUUUGAAAUAACUGUGGGAAUGCCUUAUGGUUCAAAUGGGAAUGAAACUCUUGAAGAUGAUGCAACCAAAGAUAUUGUCCUAAGAGCUAGUAAUGAGUUCAAGAAUGUUCUGCUGAAUUUGGGACAAGGAAGUAUUGUGGAAUUCAGUACUAUUUUGGAGGGCAAGUUGGGCAGUAAAUGGCCAGUCUUUGAACUGAAAGCCAUCAAGUGCCUUAACUGUAUGGCGAAGCUAACACCAGCAUCAGCAAGGCAUGUCAAAAUUGAACAUGACUGGAGAGGUAUUGUAAAGCUAGCAUUCAAAUUUGCAUUCAAUUUCUUUUUCGCACCAUUCUUUUGUGCUAUAUAAAACCGGGCUUUGCGUUUAAACAUUGGUUGUUAAUGUCUUUUUCUUGCUGGAUGAACUCCUGCCUUUUUGACUUAUUUAGAGCUACACCUAUAGAAUAUUCACUUAACAGUUCUGGAGUCCAUUCUGAUGAAAACAAUGGAGACAUGUAUAGGGCAAAAGAAAUGUAUAUUUACCAAGUCCAGUUUUAAAAUUACCUGGUCAGAAUUAGUACAGAAUAAAAUUAAUUACAGGUGGAUCUGUGGAUUUCAGUGUAUGGAACACUAGUUUGAAUUGACUAUGAAUGACUUUGGUGCAGAUACCAGCUAUUGUUUUAGUAUAUUCUUGUUGUAUAAGUUAAGUAUUAAGAUUGAUAAUUAUCAAAAUGUGCUAGCAUUUUAAUAAAUGCUUCUAACCAUUUACUAAAUAAACCAGUAUCAUGAUAUGCAGUAUAUAAUGAACAUGUGCUAAACAAUAACUGACAAUAAAUGGUAAAGCCUGAAUUAACAUGGGAUGAUAACAGUACCAAGAUUAAUUUGCUUAAAUGUAUUUUGCAUCCACACACAUUUGCUGAAGAGAGAUUUUAUAGAUAAAACAUCCAUUCUCAUGAGCGACAUUUUGGAUUUGUUCAGCUUUUCCCUUUUGCAUAAAAGAGGGAGUAGGAAAUGAGACUGAGUAUUAAUAAAUACAUCAGUAAAGUCUGUGGAAGGUUUUAGUUAUUCUUCCAUUAUUUUUCUUAUUUUUGUUGGUGAAGUUAAAUGUUUGCGCUACUGAAUUAACACUGGACUCUGUAGAAACAAUUAGAUUUUAGUGUGGGAUGUUUUAAUAGUUCAGUUCUAGUGAAUGAUCUAAAGUGAUACGGUUAUUAUUUGUAGUACUGGUGCAUCAUUGAGAUGCUGUUAAUGGUUAACACUUCAAAUUUAUUUAUUUAUAGCAAUUCAAGGUGACAUUUUAAGACUUAAAUUCCAAACUAAAUCCUAUUCCAUUAGUUCACCUCCCCUCCCUACACUGUGCUGUUUCUGUGAUAGUGUAAACACACAGGCACAACAUAGUAAUCUCAUACCACAGCUACACUUAAUCUUUUGCAAUAAACAUGAAAAAGUAGAGCAGCCUGUAAUUCUUUGAAUUGCUUUUCUGCAUUAGUGACUAUGCUUCAAAAAUAUGACUUGAUUGGCUAUAAAAUGCUUGUAGUGUCCUGAUGUCGUGAAAGGAUGUGUAUAAAUUCAAUUUCUUUCUUCCAUGUUUUGAUAAUUUAGUGAUUUCUGUUCUCAUUGACAACAGUGUUGAGUCUUUGAAGCUCCAUAGUGUGAGUUGUGCUUAAUUAUUUCUUCUAGUAGUCACUGGCAGAGGGCAGUGAUAUCUUGUAAAAUAGUAAGGGUUGUUAUGGUGACCAGCUCAAAGGUCUUACUGAUUUUACUGUUCUUAUUGAUAGGAAAUAAUUUUAUUUUUGAUAUAGCACUUUAAUUCCUGAAUUAGACCUCAUCUGAUAAGCAAUUCUUAGCUUGACAUUGUGCUAGUUUAAUGGCAGUUUGGUUUUAUGAUGUUGGCUAUGAAAGAGGAGUGUGGGAAUUAUAUUAUCAUUCUUCAUCUUAGAGUAGUUUGAUCUUCUAAGACGUUGUAAAUAGAGAUUCACGAAACUUUACUUUAAUUGCUUCUGACCAAAUAGCAUUAUGUACAGCAAGAAAGGAAUGCUAUCUCUACUCAUCUAUAACCAUUAUAUAUCCUUGUCAGUUGAGGGGGGAUUGGGCAUGGAAGUUUUAAAGAAUUCUUUUAAACCUCUGCUGUUAAUAUAUUUUUCUUGCAAGAUAACUGUAUGGCUUUAUAAAAGGUUUUUAUGAAUAAUAUCAAAAACAAUUAGAAACAACAUACCAUUCAAAUGUAAUUCCUGGUUUCAUAGUAAAAAUUUGAAUAUAGAACUAAUUGUUAAAGGAGCACUUUAAAUCAAAUAUCAUUUAUUGUUGUCACGUACUUAAGUAUAGUGAAAAGUUUUGGCUUGAGCAGUACAGGUAGAUCAGAACAUACAGAUCAGAGGGAGUUUAGAUAGAGCGGGGCAUACAAGGUUACAGCUGCACAGGAGGUACACAAAAGCAAGAUCAACAUUAGAUUUUAAAUUAGAGAGGUACAUUCAGCAGUUUAAUAACAACAGGAAAGAAGCUGCUUGUGAACCUGUUAGUAUGUUUGUUCAAGUUUUGUAUCUUCAGCCUGAAGGAAGAGGUUGGAGGAGAGUAUUACCAGGAUGAGAGGAUUCUUUUAAUAGCAGCCUUUCCACAGCAAUGAGAAGUGUAGAUGGAGUCCAUGAAUGGGAGGUUGAUUUUUGAGAUUUCUGAGGCAGAGCAGUUGCUGUACCAAGCUAUUAAGCACUAAGAAUGCUUUUCAUGGUGCAUCUGUAAACGUUGGUGUGGGUCCUUAUGGAAAUUCUGCAAUUCCUAAGCCUCAUGAGGAAGAGGAGGCAUUAUUGUGCCUUUUUGACCAUUGCACCUCCAUGGAAGGUCCAGGACAGACUGGUUGUUGUCACUCCUAGGAACUUGGUGCUUUCAACCCUCUCGACCUUAUAUAUUUUCCCAAAAUAUAGUAUUUACAGUCUGCUUAGCCAGCAUGUGAUUCUAAAUCUCAAUUUUAUCUUAUAAACAAAAAAAAAGUCUAAGUGAAGGGACAAAGAGAAAUACUUCAAAUUGGGACCAAAGUGUAGCUGUCUAACAGGGAGUUUUACAAUCCCAGCAAGAAAAUUUGAUGGUAACCUGUUCACUUAUAAAUCAGUACCCAUGGGCUUAAUUCUGUUCUGGUCCUAAAGUUGGUGUUAGAACAAUACUUCUUAUUUUAGAAUAUGCCGUCAUAUAAUAAUGCAUUCAUUGGACAGAAUUUCUUGCUUCAAAUCUUAACUAUCUGCAGGCAGGUAUUGGGAGUGGGAGAAGUAGAAACUUAUUUGUACAUCAUUGAUAAGACAGAACAUGCAUGUAGCUUAAUGCAUUUGACAUUUAUCAUCUGUAAUCAAAGUGCUAUUGUUCUUUUAUUUGUGAAAUAAAGGUGUAAAUGCUUAUUAGUGGGAGCAGAUGUUGGCAACUACAAUAAAUGGGACUUUAAUAUGCUCUAUGUAAAACUCUGUAUUUAUCGAAUGACUUGAAUUUUGAUACUUCAGAAAGCUGCCAAACUCAAGUCUUACAUAGUAUGAAAGACCUAUGGAUAUAUUUCUGACUGUAUCUUAGAAUGACAGAAGUGCUAUAAAUAAUUCACAGACCUGAGUGUUUUCAAAAUAGAUUGUUUACCAUCUAAUCAGAUAUUUUUAGAAAUCGAGCACGUUCACAGAAUAUUCUAGAUGUAAAAAUGAAGCCACUGAUGUUUUACUUGUUUAUUGAAUAUUACCAAACCUUAUUUAAGUGCCUGUGACCCUCACUGUGUUAACUUGUGUGGGUGCAAUAUUGAAAAGCUUCAAUGACUGUAGUAAGCAAAUGCAGCAUUAAUUGUGAAAUCAAAUGUGCUGUUUGCUAAGGGUAGAAAUUCAUUGAUAUCACCCUGAGAAAUAGAAUUUGGUCAGUAUAGAAUUGAUAUUUUUGCAAAUUUUAACUGCCUUUCCUAAACCAGUCAUGUGUUUAGCAUUUGGUUCACAUUACCUCUUUCCAUUUGCUCACUAAUGUUCAUUUACGGAUCCGGUUGUAUUAAGUGCCUGAUUCCUGCACUCCAUGUUAACUGUAUCACGUAGAAAUGGAAUGUGUCUACGAAAGCUGAUAUUUAGCUUGUGUAUUAAAUAAAUAUAUUGACACCGCUACCUAACAAGCCUUCAGCUGCUUUGAAUCAUGUUUUUGUGUUGAAUAAAAAGGCUGUUUCCACUA